CGUUACCAAGCGCUGCACCCAGCAGGGUCUGACAACGACGACGGCAACGGGCAUUGACAGACGGGUUACUGCCAGCGUGAUAACAACACAGACGCUCCUGAAUACAGUAGGGGAUGGCAGUGAAUGUGUACGCCACAUCUGUGUCCAUUGACAACCUCAGCCGACAUGACAUGCUGGCAUGGGUCAACGAUUCUUUGCAUCUCACCUACACGAAGAUCGAACAGCUCUGCUCAGGAGCGGCAUACUGCCAGUUCAUGGACAUGUUGUUUCCGGGUUGUAUCCUUCUGAAGAAGGUCAAAUUUCAAGCCAAGCUGGAGCACGAAUUUAUACACAACUUCAAAGUUCUUCAGGCGGCGUUCAAGAGGAUGAGUGUCGACAAAAUUAUUCCUGUAGAAAAGCUCGUAAAAGGGAAGUUCCAGGACAACUUUGAAUUCGUGCAGUGGUUCAAGAAGUUCUUCGACGCCAACUACGACGGGAAGGAGUAUGACCCUUUACUAGCCAGACAGGGGCAGGACGUGGCCCCUGCCCCCAACCCAGGUGAUCACUUUAUCCACAAACCAAAGAGAAACCCAGGACCACAGAGGACGUCUCCAACAGUUCCCAAAAACAUGCCAACACCACAGAGGGUCCAACACAACACUCCGGCUAUGAGGAAGAAUCCAUCCUUGUCUAGAAACGGGGGCAGUGAUGCUGAGAUCAUGGAGCUAAAUCAACAGCUGAUGGAGUUGAAGUUGACCGUAGACGGACUAGAGAAGGAGAGGGACUUCUACUUCAGCAAGCUACGGGACAUUGAGCUGAUCUGCCAGGAACACGAGAGUGAAAACAACCCCAUCCUCAGCAGGAUAAUCAACAUUCUCUACGCCACAGAGGAAGGCUUUGCGCCUCCGGAGGAUGAAGACCUCGAUGAACAAGCUCACCUGGACCAGGACGAAUACUGAAAGCUUCAUUUCUCUCCCCUCCAACGUCUCCAUCUUCCCUUUCCUUUUCUUUUUGCCCUCAUUUGUUUUCUACUCUGCACGCUCUCUGAGUCCUCUCCAUUAUCCCCGCUCUCUGUCGUUUCCUUUCUUUCUCAUAUGUAUAUCUGUUCGUAACCUUCCCCCAUCCGCCCUCUGGCCGUCUACAUGCUGUACACAACUAGUCUGCAUCAUCAUUUGCUGCUCCUCCCUCCCUGCCUCCACUUACACAGUAACAGUAACGUACCACAUAUCCCAGUUAUUCCAGCAUGAGUAAGGCAGAACCGAGCCUGGCAUGGAGGUUGUUAUGGCAAAACAGUGAAUAUUAAGUCUGUAAAUAUUAGCGACAUUGCGAUUUCCGAGAGAACAAUGUCUUUGCUCUUUAUGGAGUUAUUUAUUUGGCUUUGGUGUGCUGUGAUACUUCUAUUAGAGCACAGAACAACGCUGCUCCAAUGUGCCAUCAGGACACUCCCAGAGCAACUAAAACUGUAACAAAAGUGACUUUUUAAUAACAGUUUCUUAUUUAUUUAACUUAUAUUUCAUUUAGAUUAACUUUCUGUAGCAAAAUUGGUGCAAAACCUACUGUACAUGAAUUGAAAGCUGAGGCCGUGUGUGUUCUUUCAGUUAUGGUUUGUGCUUGAGUCAGCAUCAAGCUUUUCAGUUAUGGUGGGUUUGUGGCAUGUAGAAAAAAUGAAGGAAAUUCUCCGGUGUAAUGACUCAAGGCAUAUGAUCAGUGCUGUGCGAUUAUUCGUUAUUGAUCAGCAACAUAUCUGAGCAUGAGAAUGUUACACAUUGACUGUGAAUGAGUGAUAUUUUGUAUAUGUAUGUAUUUUGUGUGGAGAUUUUGUCCGAUGUCGCACGAUCCUGGAUAAUUGCAGUGGUAUCUUUUAGGCGGACAUGCAGAAGCCUACAAGUUUAAAAUUUAGAGGUGGAAAGCCACCUGCAGACUGACAACAUGGUUAUAGAUUGUAGCAGUUCUAAUGUUUUAUUCUAAAAUAUAAGCGAGCCUGACACUGAAUUAAUACAAACGCAUUUUGACAUGACAGCUUUUAUCAUGUUUUUCCUGCUAAUCUUGUGUUUGCACUUUUAAUUUGCUGUUACGGGUUGCCCAGGGCGUAUGAGUUGUAGUUUGGAAGAAAGUUAGUAGAAAGAGACCAGCCGACUGGUCAACAUUUGCAUCCAGUUAAACCAAGGAAGUCUCCUUGUCCUUCCCCGGCUAUUCUGUUUUGAAAACUGGCUGUCGUCUGCUCUGGAACUUG